AUGGAGCUCUCCUCAGCCCCUCUCCACAAAGGGCAGCUACCCUGGAGAGGACUCCUGCUGACAGCUUCACUUUUGAUCUACUGGAUCUCUCCCACCACAGCCCAAGUCACUGUGGAAGCAGUUCCACCCCACGUUGCUGAAGGGGCGAAUGUGCUUCUACUCGUCCACAAUCUGCCAAAGACACCCCGAGCCUUUUACUGGUACAAGGGAAAAAAUAGAGAUAGCAGUAAUGAAAUUGCACGAUUUAUAAUGUCAGCUAAUAUAAAUAGAGCAGGGCCUGCAUACAGUGGCAGAGAGACAAUAUACCCCAAUGGAUCCCUGCUCUUCCAGAAAGUCACUCGGAAUGACACCGGAGCCUACACAUUGCAAAUUCUAAUGCAAAACUUUGAUACUACGAAAGUAUCCGUGCAGUUCCAUGUACACCCCAAAAUCACAAGCAACAAUCCCAAUCCCUUGGAGGGUGAGGACUCAGUAGCAUUAAUGUGUGAUCCAAAGACUGAGAAUACAACAUACCUAUGGAGGAGAAAUGGCCAAAGCCUCUCAGUAGUUGACAGGCUGAAGUUGUCUGAGGGCAACAGGACUCUCACUUUACUCAGUGUUGUGAGGAAUGACACAGGAGAUUAUGAGUGUGAAACCUGGAACCCAGUGAGCACCUCCCAAAGUGACCCAUUCACUUUGAACAUUACCUAUGGUCCAGAUGUCCCAAUCAUGUUCCCCUCAAAUACUCAUUUCCAUUCAAGGACAAACCUCAGCCUCUCCUGUCAAGCAGCCUCUAACCCACCCGCACAGUACUCUUGGUUUGCCAAUGGAGAGCUCCUGUCAUCCUCCCAAGAGCUCUUUAUCCUCAACAUCACUAUUAAUAAUAGUGGACUCUAUACCUGCUUUGUUUAUAACUCUGUCCCUGGCCUCAGUAAGACCACAGUCAAGAACAUUACUGUCCUUGAGUCAGUGACUACACCCUCCAUCCAAGUCAGCAACACCACAAUCAAAAAUCAGGUCUCUGUGUUCCUGACCUGCUUCCCAAAGGACACUGGGAUCUCCAUCCAUUGGAUCUUCAAUGACCAGAACCUGAGAUUCACACGUAGGAUGAAGCUAGAUCUGAACAACAAAACUCUCGUAAUAUUUCCUGUCAGGAAGGAGGAUUCCGGGAAGUAUCAGUGUGAGGCCUCCAAUCCAAUUAGUUCCAAGAGGAGUGACCCCAUCCAGCUGGACAUAAUAGCUGCCCCAACCCAAGGGAGUUCUGGCCUCUCAGGGGGUACAAUUGCCGGCAUCAUCGUUGGAUCUGUCGCUGGGGUGACUCUGACAGCAGCCCUGGCAUAUUUCCAUUCAGCAGAAGGGGGAGGGGGAACUGACCAGCGCGAUCUCACAGAGCACAAACCCUCAGCCUCCAACCACAAUCUGGGCCCCUCUGACAACUCUCCAAACAAGGGGGAUGACGUGGCAUACACCGUCCUGAACAUCAGUGGCCAGACACCCAAACUAUCAACUUCAGCCUCCCCAUCUCCCAGAGUCAUAGAAACACUUUAUUCAGAACUAAAAAGGAAGUGA